CUGCUGGGCUCUGUCUCCCUCAAAAUCUCUCGGACGCUCCGCGCUUUCCCAUCUCCUGACUUCAGGGACCUGUCGUCCCUUUUCCCUAUCGAUCCCCUCGCCUCCAGGGCUCCGCGUCUCUAAGCCCUGACUCCGCCACACACGCGCGCGCACACGCACACGCAGACACCACGUUUCCUGUCCCUGUGUGACACCCGUCCUGUGCCGCGCGGUGCCCUCCUCCCGCCACACACACGCACGCACGCGCAGGCCCGAGCCCGCAGCCGGCCGGCACUUCACACUCGGAGGCGACCUGCUCCAGUCUCGCCGCGCGGAUGGCAUCUCCUGGCUCCGGCUUUUGGUCCUUCGGCUCCGAAGAUGGCUCCGGGGAUCCUGAGAACCCCGGUACAGCGAGAGCCUGGUGCCAGGUGGCGCAAAAGUUCACGGGCGGCAUCGGAAACAAGCUGUGUGCCCUGCUCUAUGGCGACGCCGAGAAGCCGGCAGACAGCGGCGGGAGCGAGUCCCCGCGACCCGGCGCCCGGAAGGCCGCCUGCGCCUGUGACCAGAAGCCCUGCAGCGGCCCCAAAGCCGAGGUCAACUACGCGUUUCUGCACGCAGCAGACCUGCUGCCCGCCUGUGAUGGAGAAAGACCGACGCUGGCGUUUCUGCAAGAUGUUAUGGACAUUUUGCUUCAGUAUGUGGUGAAAACUUUCGAUAGAUCAAACAAAGUGAUUGAUUUCCAUUACCCAAAUGAGCUUCUUCAAGAGUAUAAUUGGGACUUGGCAGACCACCCACAAAAUUUGGAGGAAAUUUUGAUGAAUUGCCGAACAACUCUGAAAUACGCCAUUAAAACAGGGCAUCCCAGAUAUUUCAAUCAACUUUCAACUGGAUUGGAUAUGGUUGGAUUAGCUGCAGACUGGCUAACCUCAACAGCAAACACUAACAUGUUCACCUAUGAAAUUGCUCCAGUAUUUGUGCUUUUGGAAUAUGUCACGCUAAAGAAAAUGAGAGAAAUCAUUGGCUGGCCAGGGGGCUCUGGAGAUGGGAUAUUUUCUCCUGGUGGAGCCAUAUCCAACAUGUACGCCAUGCUGAUUGCACGUUUCAAGAUGUUUCCUGAAGUCAAGGAGAAGGGAAUGGCUGCUGUUCCCAGGCUCAUUGUCUUUACGUCCGAACACAGUCAUUUUUCUCUCAAGAAGGGAGCUGCAGCCUUGGGGAUCGGAACAGACAGCGUGAUUCUGAUCAGAUGUGACGAGAGGGGGAAAAUGAUCCCAUCUGACCUUGAAAGAAGAAUCCUUGAAGCCAAACAAAAAGGGUUCGUCCCUUUCCUUGUGAGCGCCACCGCUGGGACCACCGUGUACGGAGCGUUUGACCCCCUCUUAGCUGUUGCUGACAUUUGCAAAAAAUACAAGAUCUGGAUGCACGUGGAUGCAGCUUGGGGUGGAGGGCUGCUGAUGUCCCGGAAACACAAGUGGAAGCUGAGCGGCGUGGAGAGGGCCAACUCGGUGACGUGGAACCCGCACAAGAUGAUGGGCGUCCCGCUGCAGUGCUCCGCGCUCCUGGUGCGAGAGGAGGGACUGAUGCAGAGCUGCAACCAGAUGCAUGCGUCCUACCUCUUCCAGCAAGACAAGCACUAUGACCUGUCCUAUGACACCGGGGACAAGGCCUUACAGUGCGGGCGCCACGUGGAUAUCUUCAAGUUAUGGCUGAUGUGGAAGGCGAAGGGCUCCACUGGGUUUGAAGCGCAGGUUGACAAGUGCUUGGAGCUGGCAGAGUAUUUAUACAAUAUCAUAAAAAACCGAGAGGGAUAUGAAAUGGUGUUUGAUGGAAAGCCCCAGCACACAAAUGUCUGCUUCUGGUACGUGCCUCCAAGUUUGCGGACUCUGGAAGACAAUGAGGAAAGAAUGAAUCGCCUGUCAAAGGUGGCUCCAGUGAUUAAAGCCAGAAUGAUGGAGUACGGGACCACGAUGGUCAGCUACCAGCCCUUGGGAGACAAAGUCAAUUUCUUUCGCAUGGUCAUCUCAAAUCCCGCAGCAACUCAUCGAGACAUUGACUUCCUGAUUGAAGAAAUAGAACGCCUUGGACAAGAUUUAUAGUAACCCAGCUCACUAAGCCGUUUCAGUUCUCUAAGUAGACAAUUAAGUUGUCACCAACUGUGCAAAUGUAUUUGUAGUUUGUUCCAAAGUGAGUCUUUUUCUCUAUUGUGGUGUCAAAGUAGAGUACAGUUUAAAAAUCAAAAGACAUUGCUCCUUUUAAAAAUCCUUUCUUAAGUUUAGAAGACCUCUCUAAUAAUCAGUGACGAAAGGCUGCAUUCUAAUCAAUGAGGAAGAGCUCAACAUUGUUAUAAAUUCUUCCCUUACUUUUAAUAUAGUGUACAAAUCAAACUUUAUUUUCAUUUCAAAGUACUAGGAUUGAAUAGUGCCAAACUGCCCCUACGAAUCAGAAAAGGUUCUUUGGGGUGCAGUGAAAGGGAUAAAGUAGCUAUAAAUGUAUGUUGACAAAUAAAAACUCUUGCCUUUUUCAUAGUAUUAGGAAAAAAAUUUCUAAUUUACCUAUAGCAACAUUGCAAAUGUAUUUAAAUACAUAUAAUUUUACAGAAGGAAAAAAUAUAUAUUAAAAAGAAAUCCUAUUUUGUAACAUAUAGAUUUUUAUUUUAUAUGGGUUAUGCAAACUGCAGGGGCAGAUAUAAACACUAAACCAGUUUUUUUUUUUUCUUUCUUUCUGUUAAUGGAGACAUAAUAAAACACGUAGCAAAGUUAUUUCGGAACAUAAGCCCACAAAAUCCUUGAAACGUAUGAUGCCUUCUUUCUAUACAUGUUAUGGCUUCUCACAUCUCUAAAGUUAAUAUUUCAAAACAAACACAAAGAAGACUGCAAGCUCUUUAAAAUGGUUGAGCAGAUCAAUUACAGUAGCAAUAAGAUUCUCUUCCCAUUAAAGUUUUCCACGCAGUUUACCCUGAGCAGAUCCGCUCCGUCAAGCCUGAUAAACCAAGCUUGGUCUUAGAUUAAAUAAGGCUGAUCUUGUCUAUUUUGCUUUCCCACUCGGCCUGCUUUGAACAGAAGUUUGAGGAUGAUUCUCAAGGCGUCUUCUCACACAGUGUUCUUUUAUUAGGUGAUUUGGAUUAAUUAGGGAAAAUAAAAAUGAAAUCUAAUAGGACCGAACAAAGAGGAAUGGAAUGCACACCCAGAAUGUGGUGAGCCCAGAAACUUAAACUCAUCCUUGGGGGAAGAGAACUCUGUGUGAGAAGAAUGACAUCUUCCUGGAGGCCGCCUUGCUACCAUCCCAAAAGGAGUAAUUGACCUCCUGGGUAAUUGCUUAUUCCCAUCCCCACCCACGAAAGUGUCUCCUACGAGGUUCCCUGUCACCAGCAUGCCCAAAUAAUUUCUUCAUAUCCCAUGGGUGGUUAUUUUUCUCCCAUAAAAUGAGCCCCUUACCCUAGAUUUUGAGACAUCAUCUUAAGACCUUCUUUUAUCCACCUCCCAUCAAGAUCCAAAGUGCCCAGAAUAUGCAGAGAUGAUUAGAUGCUCAGAACUCAAAUUAAUAUUUUGAAAACAUCUUUCGUCCCCCUACAAAUGUAGUUGCGAGGCAUGAGCUGACAAAAGAUCUCACGGAUAGUAGGAGGGUUGUGGAUCGAUAUAUGCAGACACCAGGUACAAAUUGAGAAACAUUCAUCCUUUCUGCAUGGAGCAGUUAAUUCUGCAGUCUAGAAAAACCACAGGUAUGCAAUGGAGGGAAGAGGCCCCUUGUCCUUCUUGAGAUAGAAAUCCCUAUAAUAAAAACUCAGGAGCCCACCAUCUGAAAUCGACCUGUGUUUGCUUUUACACUAUUGCUCCCAUGUUAUAUACAAAAGCAUCCUUUAGCCUACUUGAUACAAACAUGGCUUCGUAUGGCUUUCUGUCUAGAAAGCAAAUAGAUUCCCUGUGAUAAGUAGAAGAAAACUCUUCUUUUUAUGUACCCCAGCAAUUCAUGAGGAGCAAGCCUCCAUUCUAGACCUUGUCUAAUUGCCGAUCAUCCUUUCCCUUCCUAGAAAUUGGCUGUUGAGGAUAAGCAAACAGCUGCCCAUCUGUUCUGAGCCUCAGGCCAAAUGGCCCCAACCUCAGAGGCAGAGACAUCGAUUUAUCAAACCCGCUAUUCUGCUUGGAGAAGAUGGUGGAACCCAGUGCCCUGAUCUGGGCCAACCCCAAUCUAUUCCAGGAUGCUUAACCCUUAUCCCUCAGGACAUAGAUUCUGUAUCAGAAGCUGCUGCUUUUUAACUCAACUGUGACAGAACUUAAAAAGGAGAAACAUUUGUGCCUGCCUAUGAAAUUCCAGCAAAAUAUAGAUUGUUUCCCCCUACCCCUGCCCUUUCAGGUCCUUCCCCAAGGUUACUGGGAGCUUUGCUCAGUCUUGUACAGGGAAAUCCCAACCAACCAUCGCUCAGGGAAGGAGGCAAUAGUUCCCAAGAGUGUAAGAUGCGUUCUUUGAAAUUGGUCUAUAACCGAUUCAGAGAGAAGAAAGGGAGGAAGGAAAGAAGGAAGGAAGGAAGGAAGGUUGGUUCUUUUGAGCAUUAGCUCAAAUUCCUAGUGCCAAAAGCCUUUAUUUGAGUCCAUUCUUUUCAAAUUUUAGAAAGUUUGGUUUUAGCUUUAACCAGAAUUGACAUGGUCAUUUUCAUUUAUACAGCAAUAUUGUGUUUAUUAUUUUUAAAUACUUGAAAAAAAGUGCAAUGUGUCUUUAUCCCACCUGAGAUGUAUAAAUGAUACCGACUUCACGUGAUGUCCUAAGGGUGUGCGGACAGGAAGGGAAACCGAGUGUCUGUAGCUCUGCUGCCUUUAUCUACUGACCGUGCUGUCUCGUCACCUCGGGCUGGGGCUGUGCACUUUAGACCUGAACCGUACAGUGUUGCAAACCAAUGUGCUGCUGCGAAAGCUUGUGCAAUAUAUCGUUGAUGCGUCCUUUUCCGUGCGGUAGCUGUAGUGACCUUCAAUAUUACAAGAACCGCGUUCUCCCCGUCGCCCUGCGCCUUCUGCUAAGCUGCGCCCCUCGCCUCAGUGCUCAUAGACCACCCUCCCUCAGCUAAGCCCCCUCCCCACAAACCUCCGUGGAGAAUUGUGUGAGCUCACACACCUGUGAGGUGACCCCUACUUCGACUCUGAGAAUGGAAGAAACCAGCGACAGAUGGUCACACACUGUCCAAGUGGCAGGUUCUGAACCUCCUGGGGCCCUGGGUUGGGGCCACUCCUUGGGCUGUGGGUGGAACCAGCCCAGUUUAAAUAUGGCAGCAGGAGAAGGGAGCAGGGAACCUAAAAGGGUGUCAUCUCACACAUGCCCUCCCGUCUUCAAAUGCUAAGUGCAAACACUGUGUAUCGAUUAGUUACAUGCGCCAAAAUACUGUCCCCAAUUGGUGUUUCCAGAAGACAGCAGUUCCCCAGCAUCCCUUCAUUAAUAAAGACAGAAAAAAACAGAUAAAAAAUAUAAACUUGUGGCAACCCGCUCUUCUUACCAAAUAGGAACUCGUGAGUGAUCAAAGUAUUUUAUCUGUGUUGUCUCUCUAAAUCCAAAUAAAAUGUGUGAAUGUGGA